UCAUUUUCUUUAGCCGCUGCCUGCUUCCUGAUGAUGCGUGUGGUGACAAUAGAUGUAAAUGUUGCACCCUUAACAGGAUCUGGUAUCUAAGAAAAUUUCCUAACUUCCUCAACAGUGACCUCGUGCUGCCCUGCCGUGAGAUCAUCCUGUGCGUGACCCAGCUUGCCUGGCAAGGGACAGAAAUGGUGCCCAGGCCCCUGGCCAGCCCCUGCACAGGAACAGCUAUCUCCCCUGCAUGGCAGAGCUGACAAGAACACAACGUUUCCUGGUGACAGACUACCAGCUACUGCAGAGAGCAUGAUGACAGCCAUCCUGGAGCGAAUCAGCACCUUGUCGGUGAGUGGGCAGCAGCUGCGCCGCCUGCCCAAGCUGCUGGAGGAAGGCUUCCCCAAAAUGCCGUGCACUGUCAGGGAGUCGGAUGUGCCCCAGCUUUUCCGAGAGCCCUACAUCCAGACCGGGUACCGCCCCACCGGCCAGGAGUGGCGGUACUACUUCUUCAGCCUCUUCCAGAAGCACAACGAGGUGGUGAAUGUCUGGACCCAUCUCCUGGCCGCCUUGGCUGUGCUGCUGAGGUUCAAAACCUUUGCUGACGGGGAGGAGCUGUCCGUGGAUGUCCAGUCCUUGCCCUUGUUCAUCUUCGUCCUGUCCUCCGUCACCUACCUGACAUGUAGCCUCCUAGCCCAUCUGCUGCAGUCUAAGUCGGAGCUGUCCCACUACACCUUCUACUUUGCGGACUACGUUGGAGUCAGCAUCUACCAGUAUGGCAGUGCCCUGGCCCAUUUCUACUACAGCUCUGAUCAAGCCUGGUACGAUAAGUUCUGGCUCUUCUUCCUCCCGGCAGCUGCUUUCUGCGGCUGGCUCUCCUGUGCCGGCUGCUGCUAUGCCAAGUACCGAUACCGCCGCCCGUACCCCAUCAUGAGGAAGGUGUGCCAAGUGAUCCCGGCUGGGCUGGCCUUCAUCUUGGACAUCAGCCCCGUGGCGCAUCGGGUGGUCAUGUGCCACCUGGGGGGUUGUGAGGAGAAGGCUGCUUGGUAUCACACCUUCCAGAUCCUCUUCUUCCUCAUCAGCGCUUGCUUCUUCUCCUGCCCCGUGCCCGAGAAAUACUUCCCCGGGUCCUGCGACAUCGUUGGCCAUGCCCAUCAGAUCUUCCACACCUUCCUGGCCAUCUGCACGCUCUCGCAGCUGGAGGCUAUCUUCCUAGACUACAAGAACAGGCAGGAAAUCUUCCAGAGGAGACACGGGCCUCUCUCCAUCUACGUGUCCUGCGGCUCGUUCUUUGGCCUCGUGGCCUGCAGUGCAGUCACAGCCUACUUCUUGCGGUGUCGGAUCAAGGCAGCGCUGGUUAAAAAGGACUCUUGAGAGGCCAUCCUGGAGAUGGAGUAGAUACUAACUGGCUGGGUCCAGCUUGCUGGAAACCAGUGAAGGAGGAUAAUGUAGAUAGACCUAAACUGGUUUGUUUGCAUAAUGCUGUCUGUCUAACAUGGCUGAGAGAGGAGGCUUGGGCUGGACGAGCCUUUGCAUCAGAAGCAUUUCUGCUGGAGUGGCCACCUCCUGCAGGGCAGGGGGGUGUUUUAUGCCAGAUCAGGACAUCUAACCAAGGACGCAUGGGUGAGGCAGAGGUUUCUAGUCCAUUCCACUCCAGUAAGUCUGCAGGAGAUAUUAUACGCAGUUUCAGCCAAGGGCUGUUAUAUUAGACUGUGGAGCAGUCGUCCAAGGGAAGCCGUUAUGGCAGUCGAUCGCAAAAAUGUCCCUGGGAGCAGGAUUGGAUGCUUUGAGUGUAAAACUAAGGGUGAAGCUGCAAGGGUGCUGAAAGAGAUGCAGGUGCAAUCGUCCUUGCUCCUUCUCCGGUUUGGAUUCUUGUCCACCACGUUCUCUCCACUCUCCUCCAUCCUCAGCUUCAUCCAUACCAGGUUCGUAGGGUGACUGUGACAAAUCAUUGUUGUAGCAAUAGGCCUGGUUUAACCCUCUAGCUCCACGCCCCUCCCCCCCCC